UUUUACCAAAAUGGGUAAUACCGUCCUUCACAACUGGAUUAAAAGAGCUUCACUUACAGAUCCUUGAGAUUUAGAAGAAGCUAGAAGGAUUUCAAGACCAAUUGAGUUUUAUGAAGCAUGAUUGAGAGGCUAUGGAUAUAAGAAAUUUAUGUGCUGCUUUAAUCCCUUCAGAGAUGCAGAAGUCGAAGGGGGUUUAGAGGAAGAGGAAAAAGAGUUAAUCAAGAUGUACUGUGGAGACAAACUUUAUGAAUUCAUGCUCAGAGAUGUGGCAGACUGAAGAGAAGAUACUUUCCAUGAAAUCAAGGAAGAUCUGUUGGCAGGAAUAGGGUUCCAACACCAAGAUUUUCAAGAUUACUUUGAUAGACGAUUCAAGAAGGUAUUCCCGAAGCAAGAGGAUGAGAAGGAGUUUAUGUCCAACCAGAUCCAGAAGGCUAUAAUAUUAUACAAGUCGUGCUGAUGUUCCUUCAUUAUCAGAGAGAAGUUAAGCUUUAAAUUGCUAGAAGUGAUUAAAGUUGAGAAGAAGAAAAUCGUUAAUGGUAGAUCUGAGGUUUGAUGUAUCGACACUCAGAGGUUCAAAAACUGUAAGAAAAAGUCUUUAGUGCUAUCAAUUCUGGAAGCGAAUAAAACUAACUGGAAGAUUUGUGGUUCUUUCAUACCAGACAUUGCAUACAAUCAGCUUUGAAGGAUUGUAGAUAAAGAUUUCGCUCCUUGGGAGGUUGAUUUUUACGUCACUGAACAACUUAUUGCUGAAUACAGAGACAUCUUGGUAAUAAAAGCCAAAUCAACCAUAAACAAAGAAGUUAAGAGAAUGUGCCACAAAGUGCUUGCUAAGCUUGGAAGUCUGAGAUAUUCAGGCGAGUAUUUCCUCACUUUGUACAACUUAUCAUGCCAGGAUCCUACAUUGAUAGAGUUUCCAAAAGAUUGCUAUAAGAACAUAUCAUGAAGCUCUCUCAGAACUUUGGCAUAUCUACAAAAUGAGAGCCAAUCGAAAGGGCAUCUAAUGAAGGCUAACCACGUGGCCUUCAGUGAGGAUCAUAUUUUCACUUGGAGUGAAGAAACUGGUCUCCAAGUGUUUCCAAGGAAUACAUCAGAUGAGGUGAAAGUCAGAGGAACAGCACCUAUUUGAUACGUAGAGAAUGAGAAAUGAGUCUAUGUGUGGAGAGAAAAGGAAGCAGAGUUUCCGAUUAUGGAGUUUUCAGCAGAAUCGGGUUUUAUAGAGAAAAGAAGUGUUUAUCCACAAAGCCAUUCAUCCCAGAUAUUGCCUUCUUCACCUCACCUUUGGAACCAACCUGUUGUAGAAUGUACAAAAUCAGAGGAGUUAGCUUUGGUGCUCGAAUCAAAAGCACUUUCAGAAUACAGAAAAUUAGAAUACUCCCCUCUUUUCACUGAUGGAGCUAGAGUUUAUCUGAUUUCAACAUAUGUCAAAUACAUCGAUGAUUGACAAAAAUUCUCUCAUGUUGAAGUAGAGUCGUACUACCCUUCAAAGUGGGAAUUUUUUGAGAAAAGAAGGCUCAUAUUCGACAUUGACCUCUCUUCAUCAAAUUUCUCCCAAGAAGAAAUCAAGAGAAUCCAAGCCAACAUCAGUGAUCUUGAGAAAGUAUUCUCAACUGAGGAAAUAAUGGAAUGAAUCUUUUAUCUUGAGGACUCAACAUUGAUGGUUACUUGUGAAGAAAUUAUUUACUUCUUCGAUCUCACGACCGGCCAAAUCUGCCCCUAUAUUGUGGUGCUUGAAGAGCAAUCUGAAGUUUACAUGUUUGAGAAGGAUGUAGAAAACUUUGAUUUUUCACCUGAAGGUUGAAACUCCAAAAGGUACCAUCUUAGGUUGAAGAAGGAGGUGGUGUCUCCACUAAUAGCCUUGCCAAGGUUGCAAUAUCAGAAUUUAAUAGACUUUACUCCUAAGAUAAUCUUCCUACAGUGCUUAGGAUUUGAGUAUGCCACCGAUACGAGAAAUCUAUCAAAUUAUGAUAGCCAAAGCUCCGACAAGCAGAUAUCUAUUGAAGAUGCACUUGCAUUCAGAAAUAUUUACGGAAUCAAUUUAAACAAAUUCUUCAUAAGCCAGCUUGUAAUCGCACUUAAGAAUUUGGAGAAAUCUUUCCAGAAAAUGUGUGAAAAUGGUUCAGUAAAGAUCGAAACAGGCUUAGGAGUCCAGUAUAGCACAUUCUUAGUCCUCAGACUUUGUGAGAAAGUUCUCCAAUCAAUGAUUGAUCUUAGGAUCACUCCUGAUGAGAUACUGAGUCCAAAUGCAAAAGAAGUUUUUUGGAAGACACUAAAAGAUACUCUCUCAAGGAUCUUUGAAGUAGAAAAUUCUGAAGAAGAGAAGUGGGGCAGACUCGAAGGCCAAGCAAUUCAUUUUAACACAGUUCUUACUAGAAGAAGUAUCGAAAAAUUAUUGAAGGAACUUGAUUAUGAUGUUCAAAAGCAUCUUGAAACACUCACUCAAAAGUACCAACAAGAGCUUGGACAUAAUUCUGUUCAGACCUCCAUUGAUUUAUUUAGAAUGCUGUCUAACUCAGCAGUGAUGUACAAAGUGACUGAAAAACAAAUUUUGGAGUCUCUCUACAAAGAUGCUUUAGCUUAUUUUACAAGAAAGAAAGGGUCUGAGAUACAACUACUAGACAUUCUGGACUUUAACAUGCCAGUAGAGGAGCCAAACAAUGAGGUCGUUCUGUCUAAUUACCUGAAUACAUAUGUUAGAGAGUGAUGGCUGCUCACUAAUAAAAAACUAUUAGAAAGACUUAAAUCCAUUGAAGAUGAUGCUCAGGAUAUUUCAUUUUAUUUUGAAGAAAGGAUCGUAAAUUCAGAAGCUUGCUCAACCAUAUUCUCUGACUUAGCAGAUGUUGUGCUUGAAAUUUAUCACAAAGCCACUGGAAAUCUUGUGAAAAACUUUAAAGUAUUUGAGAUGUACAUGCAUCAAUAUAGUUUUCAAGAAGCCUUAGAGAUUUACGACUCUUAUCUUCAGACUCUUUUCUCAAUGAUGAAUCCUGCCUUCAGAGUUCUCUUAUUGAUUGAUGCAUACUUGAUGAUGUUCGCCAGCCAUGGAACUUACCAGCUAGAUAAAAAUUAUGAGUUAAUCAAGCGAAAAUCUACAGAACUGCUUAAAACAAUGGGUGAGUUCACUGAGUGAGUGGUUUACUCUAUCAAAUUUUGUAACUAUGCUUACUUCCAAAUCUCCGGAAACGAAAGUAAUGAUGAUUUAUUAUGUGCUAAGGAUACAAGCACUCCCUACUACAUGAAGUCCAUUCAAUGGGCUUUGGCCAAAAUAAUGCAUAGUUUCAUUGUCUUUCCUGAAAUACAAACCAAGGAAAUCUGAAGAGACAUCAUGAAAGCUCAUAUUAUGUCUGGAGGAAUUAAAUUUGAGUUUAUAGACAUAUUGGGUUUCCAUUGCCAAGAUGAGAUAAAAUCCAUAGCCCAAGCAACUGGAGAUUUUCAGAUAGAGAAGAAAUUUAAUGAUAUUUGAAUCAAAGAAGAUUUUGAAUUGAUUUUGUCUCUCACCCAAGUUGGCAGCAAUCAGACUAUAGAACAGCUUGUAGAAUUACUCCAGUGGAGUUUAUUACAAAAGAAGAACCCAAUAGCAAGAGUUCAAGGAGAGAGAGGAACCCUCCUCACAAGACUCGCCUUCGCCGCUACUCUCUCCCUUCACUCCCAGUCCAGUCUCCUCCUUUCCCUCACCUCUCACCUAAAAUCCUUCCUGUCUCCUUCCCAAAAUCUCCCUACUUCUGCAGCCAAGCUUGCCACUCUUACCAAGAGCAUGACCAAAAUUGCCGGGUUCCACUGGGCCAUGGCCCAGUGGGAAGCCUGCAGUAGGAUCAGAGUCUGGCUACAAGGCAAGUGUGCACAGGUGGAAGAAGAGGAAGAUGAGCAGGCCAAGAAGAGAAUUGGGAGAGUUGCAGAUUUGAUGGUGGAUGAGGUCAGACUGAAAGUGGAGAUACUUGUGAGGUUGGCACCUGUGAGGUGGAAGGAAGGAGGUGAUGAAGAGGAGGAAGGUGGGGGAGAUGAGGAAAGGAAAUUGGAGAGGAGUUGCAGAUUGGAAGGCGAGGAGCAAAGGAGAAUUAAUACUAGAGGUGGAAAGAGUGGAGAUGCUGCAACCUCAUUUACAUCAUGUGUGUUAACAAUUCUGCAAUCACCAAUCUCUGACCAAGACAUUCUUUGCUCAGUAGAAACUCAAUUUAUUAAAGGAAUGAGAAGGUAUUAUGGAUUAAAAUCUUUUCAAGAAAUUGCUCAGAUAAAUCUCGCUUCAAAUGUUAAAUCCCAGUUAUUUGGCUGGAUAGACAUUUGAUUCUGGAAUGAUAAGAUAAAUAUACCUCAUUACUCAGAUGGACUAGAUGGAGCUGGAACCUUCUUGCUUAACAAAUGAAGAGACUCCUUCUUUGAUUUUUUCUCUCUAAACACUCAAAAAUUAGUGAAAACUAACAAGUCAGACUUCCAACACUUGUUCUCCAGUCUAAGAUAUAAGUUCAGUGCCAAUGACCAUGACCAGAUUCACAAUAGUGGGAUCCUAGAAAUAAUUCUAAGAGAAUACUAUAAAGAGCUAAAUUUAUCUGGCUCAAACUGAGACGAUCCACUCACAUAUUUCUUGAAGGAUGGACAAGAGUCAAUUAUGCACAUGACAACUAAUUAUUUAGAAUUCAUCAUGAACUCUUGAUAUUGAGCAUUGAGUACAAAUGAACAGAAGAAGAUAAAAGCAUCAAGUUCAGAUUCUUUCUUAAAGAAACUUAAGACUGCUCACUCCUCCAUCAAUCAUAAAGCCACAAAAUCUUUACUAUUGAAAGGAUUUACGACUAUGUUCACAAUUCUCAAAUCUUCGAAGUAUCACUAUCGGGAGCCUUUGGAUUUAAGUUCCUCUCUCAGAGUGAUCAAACUAUUACAUAUUCUUGAGAAAUACACUUUAUUAGGAAGAACUAACUCAUUCGUUGCUCUUAUAAUCUUGGAUAUUAUGAACAUGGAAAAUUUGAACUACUGAUUGAGCUUCUACUUCAAACAAAACGCCAAGAUACAACUAAUUAUACUAAGGAUUCUUCAGAACUUGCUCUGUCUUGGAUUUGAUCAUAAGCUAUUAGAGAAAUCAUUGCUUGUUCUAUCUCAUAAUAGAGAACUCAAGCAAGAAGUCAGAGUAGACACAAAAGUUGGGCUUGAAGGUAGCAAAUUCCUCGAGUGAAUGUAUACUAAAUUACUCAUCUUCAAAUCCAAGGCUAAGCUUCAUGAAGGAAAGAAAAAUGCAUAUGGAUUAGAUGUGAGUCAUGGAAUUGUGUCUCUAUUCAAGAGCAUACUCACAUCUGACCGUAGAACAUAUUACAGAUACAUAUUAGAAAAGGAGAUAGAGAUGUUUGCAGAUGGUAUUCAUUCUUACUCAAUCUUCGACUUCGAUAUUCUGAUUUCUCUAUGAGAAGGAGGAGAUUAUGCAUCUCUUCACCCAGGAGCCUCUAUUAGAAAUGCCCAAGGAACUCAAUCUAGUAUUGUAGGAUUUGUCAAUGAAAUAGGAGAAAUCUUUGAAACUCCUAGUGACGAAGAAUCACUUUGUUUAUCAGAUAUAAAGGUAUUGCCUUAUCCAACCAAGGAGCAUCAAAUGCUGCUAUGAAUCUCAAAUUCUUCUUCAAAAUUCCAUCUUAUUGAUCCUUUGAAGGAAACCUUACAGUGAGAUGCUUGUUCUGGACUUCCAAAUCCUAUUGAAGUUUUGCUAAAAGAGAUAAUUCCGACUUUAAUAAGCAGUCAUGACGAUAAUGAUUUUCUUAUGAUGCACAAGCAAUGAGCUAUACUCAAAAUAUUAGUUCACAUGAACAACAAAGCUGAGGAUAUAGAACCAAGAUGUCAGGACUUACAAGGGAAAGACUCAAUGCAUUCAAGCUGAUUUAAGUUCCAAAAACUCAAUCUUGACCAUAAAAUGAUUCUUCAGCUGACAGCAUAUUUUAUUAAAACUUAUGAAAGAGUUAAUCCACACCCUAACAUUGAAUUAAUGAUCUCUGGACUCAGGGAAUAUUCUGAAAUCGAGCCUUGAUCUCUUUUAGACAGAGUCAAUCAGCGAACUAAGUCUAAUAUCUGUGAUACAGCUAAAUCUGAUGUGUCUGCACAGAUAAGAGAAGAAGACUAUACCAGUUUAGACUUGCCUUAUGCUUUUGGGAUAUCUAGCUAUUUUACUGACUUCUGGCUAUCUUUAUCUAAAGAUCUUCACAAAAACAACAAAGAGAAAGAGUCAUCAGCUCAGAAACAAGAGUGAUUCCAGAAGAUAGAAGAGAGUAGGCAAAUCAGUUCCUUUUCUGGCCAUUCAAAAAGUUGUUUGAAUUCUUCUGAUACUGAAAACAAUAUACUCUCAAUCAUUGCCAACCAAUCUCCUGAAGGGUCUACUUCUUGAAUGAUGCAUAAGAGAUAUAUUUCCCUGCUGAGGUUGUUUUACAAAACUUUGUCAUAUUCAGUUACAGAAAUUCUUCUGAAAAAUGUGAAUCACAGUAGAUUACUGGCUUAUAUCAUUUCAGAAGGGAGUCAAGAAGAUCUUGUCCAGUUCUUAGUAGUGAGAGCAAAUGAAGCAGUUGAGCAAUCGAGAAUAAAUAAUGACUUUCCUAUGUUUGACUUUUUACAAUUAUUUAAAGUUACAAUCAAAUCCCUUACUACAGCACAAGACUUUAUUACAAUUGAUUCUCUACUGAAAGUUAAUAUCAUUGAGAAAAAUGCUCAAAUAAUAACAAAGCUCCAUUUCUUGGAUCAAAAUGGCAUCACCUGGUACAAUAGAAUUCUAGAGAAAGAAAGUAAUGCAUUUAGUGUGGAAAUUCUCCCAGAAUUAAUUGAGAUCUUACUUCACAAAGCUUGUGAAAGAAUAUUCGAUGAUGAAACCAACUUAGGACUCAUAGAGCUAUUUUUAGAGUUCAUAGAUCUUUUUAGCAAAGAAGAUGAAUUAGUUGGAAAGCUUACAUACACAGUACUGAAAUUGAUUUAUCCAUCAACUCAGAAGGCCACCAGACAGAUUAAUAAAAAAACAAUCAAGAAACUCUUGAAUAUGGAUUCUAUACAUGAAAUGAUAGACAGAAUCUCAAAGAAAGUUGAGAGAGGAUAUGACAAGUUAGAGAACAAAGACAAAGCAUAUGCUGAGAUACUCAAAUUUAUCAAAAUGAUUGAUGACAGAUACCCUUUCAUUGAUUCAUCUUAUUACUAUACAGGAGCAUGACUUAGCUUCCUCAAAGAUAUUCAAAUCCUUUCAGAACACAAGAGCUUUGAGAUGCAGUACUAUUCUCAGUACAUCGACUAUUUAAUAAAGAAUGGAAUAAUCAAACAAAAGACAAUAGACUUGGAUGUUAAUGAAAAGUCUCAGAAGAUAACAUUUCCAGGUGAGAAAGCUCUCUCAGUCAGCAUUCAAAGAUAUCCCUCGGCUAUAUCCCUAAAAGGGGUGGAUUUCUUCAAAGAUAGAGAAUGUACAGAAUUAUUGACGAGGUCAGAUUGAAGCAGGCCUCUGAAUGAGAGUAGCUCGUACCUCAUCAACAGUGACACCUUCUAUUGAGGUAUUGAGCCUUCUCAGAGGACAGUUAUGUAUUUUGGAGUCAGGAAAUCUGUAAAAGACAAUGUCGACCUGGAUAGUGAAGGUGAGGAUGAAAAUUCAGUUGAUCAGUAUUAUAAUGCAGAAGUCACUGAUUUCCCUGUUUGUAUUCAAGGCCUUGAAAAGAAUGUCAAGGAUGUUAAACAAUCAGGUGGGCAUACCCUAAUUCUCAUGGGAAAUGGCUCGUUAUAUAAAACUAAAAACCCUCCAGGUGCAGAAAGUUAUCUUGGAGAACAAGUUAUCCUUUCUACAUCUAGAUAUUUAGCUAAGGAGGUUAAGAUCAAGGGAAAAACCCAUGGAGUUCUGACUAGAUUAGGUGAAUUCCUUUGCUAUGACCUUACUUCUCCAAAUGUUUACAAUGAUCAGCUUAAGAUUCGGGAUAAGUACCUCCAGAAACCAAAUGGAAAUGAGGAAGAAAUCUUUCACUGGGAUGUAGGAGCCAACUAUCUCAUUUACACCACACGGAAAGGAAGAUGAUAUGUCGUCACUGAUGAAGGUAUAAGCUUAGUUGAGACUCAAGUUGUGGUAGACUCAAGUUACAGAGAAGUCAUAUUCGAACAAGGUGUUAUCCCAAUGAAGCCAUUCGGGUGAUGCUACUGAGGACCUGAUGGUUCUCGAGUCUGAUUCAUGCUGGUUAAUAAUAAUGGAAGCAAAGAACUUUGGUCUGCAGGAGGGGGUAAAAAUUAUAUCCUAGCUCAAUCUCCAGAAAUCACCUGGUCUCUUCAAUUCUCUUCGCUUGAUUAUGACUGCCAAGAUAUUAAAAUUAGAGAUGCUAGUGUCUACCUUGAUUGGGGAAUUGCAAUCUCGGAGGAUGGAUACAUUUAUGGAUGGGGAAACAACACACACAAAGCUUUGGGAAACCACGAAGAAGAUACAUUCUACAAACUCAUAAAAUUGGAACAAUUUGAAAAUUAUUUCAUUCAUGAAGUCAAAUGUGGAUCAUCCAUGGCUUUGAUCAAGGCUUCACCAAGAGAUAAUCCUGAAAAGAUACAAAUACUGGCUACUGGUUUGAUCAAGGGAGUUGAUAAAAGCGAUAUCAGUAUUAAAGGAGUUCUUAAUCUGAAAUUCUGAGAAGACAAAAGAAUCGAAUCGUUUGAUUUAGUAGAUGAUACUUGAUUCAUAAUCGCAGAAGAAGACAAAAACAAAAGUAUAUAUAACUCACCUUCAAUUCAUCAUGGCUAUACUUGAGAAAUCACAGAAAAAUCUCCAAUUGUUGGCCUGAUGAUUUUCUUUAAAAAGAAUGAUUGAUGGGUGUAUCUAUCAAAAGAAGGAUAUUCACUAAUUGAUGAUAAAAGAGAUUUUAUCCCUGACAUUUGAUAUGCAACUAACCACUACAUUGAGAAUAUUUCAGAAAUUAAAUGGCCUGACAUUGACUUAAAAGAUUGUCUAGAAGCUACUGAUGUACAUGAUCCUUAUCCUGUCUAUAUUCCCUGAAACAGUUAUGUCAAUAAAGAUUUAGUGAUUAGUGAGAAUGCAGUCAUGAGAGACAAAAUAAAGAAGUUUAGCCUUUUGUAUCGGCUUAAAACAAGACUGAAACCAAAUAAGACCCUUCCUGCUUUUGAUUUUAGAAAAAUCUUCAAAGAUUACGAUAGAAACCAUUUGCAAAUCAAAGUCUGGCCUGAAUACUCUCACAACAUCGAUAAGGAAGCGAUUGAGCUUCAUGUGAAAUAUUACAGGUCAAAGGAGAUAGCUCGAUCGAAAUUUACUCCUGAAUUGGAUGAAGAACUAAAGCAUGCUGUUGACAAGCUCUACCUUCCCCAUGCAGAUGAUGAGUCUUACCCCAAGAAUGCCAAGUACGAAGACUUGGAACUCAGGUCCGAAGAGCUCUGAUCAAUCUCUGAAGAAGAAGUAAACACCAGGAGAGAGCUCUUUGUGAAUUAUGGAAAUGCAUUAGAGAAACUUUCAAAUGCUGCAUUGUCAGAGAGCUUAAUCGAGAGGCUAGACCCCCAAAUAAGAGAUCUCACUAUAAGCAGGACUAUUUCAGUUGCAAAGGAGCAAACCCUGGAAUGGACAAAGCAUUGGCUUCUCCACAAAUGAGUAGCUCAGAAGCAGAGAAGCUUUAACUCAAUUAGAAUAUCAUUAAAUAGGAGACAAAUUCAAGAGAGAAAAGACGCAAAUGAGGUUGAUGACAAAGGAGAAUGGACCAUUUUCGGAAGAAUCAGACAAGACAUCCAGAUGCAUCAGUACAAACCCUUAAUGGCCAACUCAGACAGAAGUCUGUGGAAGGUCAUCUUCCAAGGUGAGCAUAGUGAAGAUGCUGGCGGUCCGUAUCGAGUUUCGAUUGAUAACAUGCUGGAUGAGAUCCAUAGCUCUGUCCUUCCUUUGUUGAUUCCAACUCCGAAUAAUAGUAAUGAUCAUGGGUCUGGACGAGACCUCUGGACCAUAAACCCAUCUGCAAAGCAAGAUCAUCACUCCAAAAUGUAUGAGUUCAUGGGAGCUUUGAUGGGGAUGUCUCUCAGAUCUGGACAACCGAUGGACUUCAGACUUCCUUCUAUUUUCUGGAAACAGUUGAAACCUGGAGAAGCUAUAACAAUGGAGGAUUUGUUAAAUUUCGAUGCCUAUACAUACCAAGCACUCAAAAAUAUUCAAAAGAACAGAACAGAGAUGACAAAACAAGAGUUUGAAAAUCAAAAUGAACUAACCUGGGCAACUCAAACCUCAGACGGAGAGACAGUACUUCUUUGUCAAGAUGGAGAGUCUAAGAAAGUGCCAUAUGAGUAUGUGUCAAAGUAUUGUCAAGCAGUCCUCAAGGCUAGAACCGAAGAAGCUAAUACUCAAAUUUAUCAUAUUAGAAAAGGAUUUAACAGAAUAAUGGAUUUAAAUUCUUUGAAUUUCCUAAAGUGCAGUGACAUAGAAGCUAUGAUUAGAGGUUCACUUGAAAUCUCUAUAGAAGACCUCAAAUCCUGAGUAAGAUACAACUCAUGUGACUCAGAGAACGAAACAAUUCAGAGAUUCUGGAGAGUCUUUGCUACCUUUACUUCUGUGGAGCGAUCGAAAUUCUUGAGAUUUGUAUGGGGACGAUCAAACUUGCCUUCUCCUUCUAAGCUUCGCGGCAUUUCUUUCCACAUCGAAUUGAGCACUCGUGACUGCGACCCUGACACGCUGCUACCAACAAGCCAGACAUGUUUCUUCAGACUGAUCCUACCCAAGUACACGAGCGAUGCUAUCUGCUCUGAGAAGCUGAAAUUCUGCAUCAAUCACUGAGAAGACAUCGACCUUGACCACAUUGGCGAAGAUGAACAUGUAUACUCAGAUGAAGAAUUUGAUUUAUCUGAAUACUAA